UACUUCACCGGAAGUUUUCUGCAUCCGGGUUUCCAUAAACCUUGACCUACAAUAAAGUAAACGUGACCAAUCAGAGUGCAGAACAUGUGAAAGAACCAGUGACGAAUGCAACCGGCGAGCUCUUUGAGAGAAAGGUGUAGUGCGGAGAUAAGCAGUAUAGAUGCUGCUUUAAACUGGACUCUUCUCGCUUCUCGCUUCUCAGUCUGCAGCGGACGAUGAAAGCUCUUGUAGUGUUCGACUUCGACCACACGGUGGUGGACGACAAUAGUGACACUUGGGUGGUCAGGUGCGUGCCGGAGCAACGCCUGCCGGACUGGCUGGUAAAAACCUACCAAAAAGGUCGCUGGACUGAAUACAUGGGUCGGGUGUUGUCUUACAUCGGUGACCUGGGUGUCAGCGAGGCGGAAAUGAGGAGUCUGAUGGAAACUAUCCCUUUCACACACGGGAUGAUGGAAGUUCUAAGCUUCGUUGCUCAAAACAAAGACGCCAUCGACUGCAUCAUCAUUUCAGAUUCCAACACCGUGUUCAUCGACUGGAUUUUACGGGCGUCCAACGUCCAGGGGGCGGUGGACAGGGUCUUCACCAACCCCGCCUGGUUCGACGAGCGCGGCCGCCUGGCGGUGCGGUGCUUCCACUCGCACGGCUGCGCGCACUGCCCGGUGAACCUGUGCAAAAGAAAAGCGCUGGAGGACUUUCUGGCGAGCCAGCUGCGCGAAGGUGUGCGGUACCGGCGCACGGUUUACGCUGGCGACGGCGGGAAUGACCUCUGUCCCGCGAAGAGCCUGACGGAAGGGGACACCGUUAUGCCACGAAAGGGCUACACGCUGGACAAACAGCUGGCCGCCAACGCGCGGACCCCGAGCGUCCUGAAAGCGCGAGUCGUGGUCUGGUCCAGCGGGCUUGACAUCCUCAAGGAAAUCAGUUCCUCUGUGAAAUAGUCCUGCCAUCACGCUGCUUCAUUCUUUACCCCGGAUGGUUGUGCCGUCGUUGAUGCCGGUGGUGUUUUUUUGUUUUAACAUUUGAACGUGUCACGGAAAUGUCCCUAGUUGCGUUUCUGAUCCCCCUGGCACUUGGCUAUGGAGAACUUAUUUGGUUACGCAUGUACAUGACAUAUUUACAUUUCAUCACAUUUAGAUCAGUAUUAAAUACAGCAACAAUGCUGUACUGUUAAUCUUGCAAACGAAUUGAAAAUCGUGUAUUAACUCUCAUACAGACUAGGGACGAAAGCCACGCUUCAAAGUGUAUUUUGAAAGGCACACAAGUUGAUCUUUUAAUGAAUUACAGUAUAAUUGUAUGUUUUUCAAAAUAAACAGUGCAUUACGUCUUU